AUAUGCUUUACAGAAUGGAAAGGGUACACUGGUACCUUGGCUAACUCUUAGGAGGCAAACCAUUCCAUCCGUCCCAACUUUUACUCCAUCUGUAGCACGUAGGAAUGCCUCAAAUAUUUCAAUUCUAGUUCUGCUAUCAUCUGUCAACUUUGCCCCCCACCCCCUGAGAGAUGUAGCGGAGGUUUAUAUGUAGGCGGUGGCAGGAAAAUCCUCAACUGAUGGGUUAGAUUUAUGCUGUUGCUGUUCUUGCUUGGUCUUAUACAGUUGAAAUCAUCAUGGACGUGGAGGAGAUCUUUGGGUGGGAUAUUGAUGGAGCCAAAGAGCAGAUACUUGAAUAUGUUACGGGACGGCCAGAGAAAAAAGUUAUAUAUUUUCAUGGAUGGGAUGGAUUUGGGGCGUCCCCGGUCCUUAGAUCCAUAGCACAAGUACUAUCAUCAUUGAAAGUGGAUGCUCCUCGUGAACUACGCUUUGACAGAAUAAUUUAUGUUGACUGCUCGAGAUGGAAAAGUAGAAGGGAAAUGCAGAGAGUAAUUGCGGAGGAGCUAAAACUUGACAGAGCAACAAUGGACAUGUUCAUUAAGCAGGAUGAGGAGGAUGACUUCAGUGGACUGGAUCAAGACUCUAGGGAUGUGAUACCAAGUAUUGCAACAGAGAUUGAUCGCACUCUGCGGGAUUGCAGAUUUAUGAUGAUUUUUCUUAAUGGAAGUGAGGAUGAGGUUGAUGUCACUAGAUUUGGCAUUCCUCAGAUGACGGAAUUUCGCAACAACAGAAUGAUAUGGACAUUCAAGAGAAGGUUGUUGACGAUUCACAGGCGCCCUUCUGGGAUAAAAGAAAAGCUAAGAAACACCCAACUUUUCCUAGAUGCUGCAUUGGUGCAUGGAGAGUAUCGGAUCACAGAGUCGGAAUUUUGUGAACUGGUGCAUGGAGAGGCUGCUACAACAAUUGCUCGCUACCCAUAUAUGCUGGAUAUUGACUUGACAAUGGUCGCAGAUUGUUGUCUCUUAGAGUUAUCUUUGCAUUACAGUUUCCACAGCACCACUAGAUUUGGUUGGGCUGCUAAUUCUUCCAACUACUGGUUAUGCAAUGGGAUCAUACAAGGGGAUAGAGCUAUGGAGAUCAGCAAUGCAUUGCAUGAAGAGAUAAAAUGGGAGUGCGAUGCUUCUUUGCUUCAUCGUGUGCUUGGAGGGUUGAAGCCUCUUUUUCUGGUGACGACUAAUACAAAUCCUCCUACUGUUUCAACAAGGUGUCUAGCUAAAGGUCGUUGGAUUUCAAUCACCUCCCAGGAACAAGAAGUAUGUGCUAUGAAAAAUAUACCUGCAACGGCAUCAUUGUUUUUCUUGGCAUUCAGAAGAACAGAUCACCUACCAUCAUCUGAAAGAUCAGAUCAUACACCAGCAUUUGAAGGACAAGAUGGGCCAACCGCACUGCUGCCAUCUGGCUUGUUUGAGCAUUCCAGGAACCUUGCUGUGCUUGUUCUCUCUUAUUGUGCCUUUUGUUUCACAUCACCACCUUUCCUCACAUGCCAGGGCCUAAGGUUCCUUGGUUUGGACCAGUGUAAGCACAAGGCAAGGGAAGGAGAGGGACAUACAGAUACAGAGUGGACAUUCUUGCUUAGCAUAUGUGUGCUUGAGGUACGCUACACAGAAUGGGAUGAGAUGCUAUCUGAAGAAAAGAUGGAUCUCAUGACUAACCUCAGAGAGCUAAAUAUAGAGGGAGUUAGGUGCUGGAAGUACAUCAAUCAAUUACAGAAAAGACUAGCUCACCUUCAUAGGCUAAGGAUCACCAAACCUGUGAUUCAUCACCCGGAGGAAACAGACAUCGUCGUUGGCUCAAUUAUGGACAAACUAGAAAUACUCGACUUGUCUGGUGAUACUGAGAUGAAAGUUGUACCGAUCAGCCUAUCAAACGCGAGCAGGCUUCAGGUGCUUGUUCUUGAUGGCUGCAGUGGACUUGAGUGUGUUGUUGCACCUGAUACGCUUCCACCAUCUCUCCUGUCCUUCAGCUUCGAUGGCUACGGAGCAACAUCCCAUUGGACACCAGCUGUUAAUCUGCUACCUCCAAAAAAACAAGAUGCCAAGGCCUCCAAGAUCUCCCUAGAGGGCUGCACAAGUUUGGAGAAAUUGUUUCUGCGUGGGCUGCCAAAUCUUGUGGAGCUGGACCUAUCAGGAACCGCAAUCAAGAUUCUAGACUUCACAACCAUGGUAGUGCAAGUCCAAUGCCUGAGAAGACUGUUUCUGCUGGGCUGUGAGCACCUCCUUGCAAUAAGAUGGGAUCAGAAGAGUCGUUCUGGGAUACAACCACAACUGGAGUUGUUAUGCAUUGACACACGAUCUGGGACUGGAUAUUCUCGGCCAUCCAUGGACCAUAUCACUCAGUCCUUUAGGUUGAAGGUGCAUGCCAUCCUUUCAGACGCAAGGCUUGCUCGAUCUCUGUGGCCAGCAAUACAACAUUACAGAAGCAAGGGCAGCCUUCCGGACGUCUAUUUUAAUAUCCAUAUCACCUCUUUGCCUGUGUUGCAUAGUGAGGAUAUUCCACCUGAAACAACCCACAGGAUUAUUGCAAGGCAGUAUGGCGAUGUCCGCGCCAUGGUCGGUGAUGCCGCAAUGCAGGCUUUCCCGGAGGCUCCGACAACAGAAUUGGGUCGCCACGUCGAGUUCUCCCAAGAGAGCUACGGGCUGGAGACUGAGCUGCUUGGAUAUGUGCCAGCCCGCUUCAAUUUAGCUCUUCUCAUAAGAAGAUGUGCCGAUUCCAUGUAUCUGCACGACAUCUCGACCAGUGCCAGUAUGCCCAUCAAUGAAUGGAACUACCUCAGGCAUUGUCGGGUGGAGAGGUGCGCCAAGCUGGACGCCGUCUUCCCAGGCACAUACGGCUUCGAUGCUCUGGAGACUGUUUGGGCAUCGGAUCUCCUGAUGGCCCGCUGCAUCUGGCGCAAAGGCGGUUCCUACUACCAGUACAGCUCCUUCCGGGGCCUGCGGCACGUGCACCUGCGCUCCUGCCCCAGGCUCCGGUUUGUGCUUCCGGUGUGGGUCUCCUCCUUCCCCAGCUUGGAGACACUCCACAUCACCCAAUGCCGUGACCUCAGGCACGUCUUCAUGCUGGACGAAGAGCACCCUGAGGCACGCGUCGUUUUCCCGAAGCUGACCGCCAUCCACCUGCACGACCUCCCGAUGCUGCGCGACAUAUGCGAGGCGCAGAUGAUGAUGCUGGCGCCCGCGCUGCACACCGUCAAGGUCAGGGGAUGCUGGGGCCUGCGCCGGUUGCCGGCCAUGGAGGGCCGUGGCCUGCACAUGAUGAAGAAGCCGGAUGUCGAGAUCGAGAAGGAUGUGUGGGACGCGCUGGAGUGGGACGGGGUGGAGGCCGGACACCACCCCUCCCUCUUCGAGGAUCCACUCCACUCGCGCUACUACAAGGCCACAUUGCCCAGGGUCUCGGUCCUUAGGUGAACUCCGGAUUUCGUCGCCUCUUCAGCUGUGGAUGCAGCUAUCUCAUCGAUGGAUCGUUGGAUCGAUGGAUUUCGUUGCACGUUUAUUCUGCUCGCGUGCUUGUUUUGUUGGCUAUCCCAUCCGAUGGGUCGUUCCAUCGGUUCCAGCUGGUUUGAUAUAUGUAUGGUGUGAUGAGCUCAUCGUGUGUGUGUGUGAGGGCGUCUCUGGUCUCCAAUAAGCACCCUGCUUUGGGUGAUCACAGACCGGCCGGAUGUGUCUGAGUUGUGGUCGUGAAUUGCGGGGUGAUUGAUGUUCCGCUGUCCUUAAUCUGAAUGCAGUUGCUUAAUUGGCUGUGCAUCCACAGCCCAGCUGCUAUGGAGCAUCUGUGGAAUCUGAGAAGCGGCUGAGCUGGUUCUGAGCCUGCUUGCGAUUGGGUAAGAGCAUCUACAACUACAGUGUCCUCAUUCGACCCCUAUAUGUCUGCGGACAGCGUCUCAAUCUGAUCAUCCCUUAUUUGUUGGCGUCGGUCCAUAGCCGCCCUCUCAUAUGGAAACCUUGCAUCUCCCUCUCAUAUGGAAACCUUGCAUACAUAGCCUUUUUUUAGAAGACCUUCGUAUUCUGUCUAAAUAUAGGAUGGAUAUGGUGGUGUUUGGGCGCGUCCGCCAUGUUAGGGCCUAUUCAUCAUAAGCCCCGACAUGCCUAUUCAUCAUAAAUUGCAUCAAAUUCUCUGAACCUAUCGGAUCCAUUUCCUCUCUUCUCUUUUCUUCCUCCAUGUUGGACAUCUUGCAGCUCCAUCGUUAUUCUUGCUCCGCGGUCCUCUCUCCUGUGCUCGUCGCCGCGGACAUCGUCCCUAGUCUCGAUGCCACCGUGGUACAUCCAGCAACUCUCGGGCUGCCCCUUGUGUUAUGUGUGUUCGAUACAUUGUUCGGUCUAUGAUUUAUUUGUAAGGAAAAUGAUGAAUUGUGAUGCCCGUCGGACGAGGAGUAUGGACCGACGGAGCUUGAUAAAA